AUGGAUUCUGGCAUUCUGCCCGUCUGCGCCUCCAAGAAUGAUCCCGGCGCCACAACCGUUGCAUCUUACAGGCUCAACUGGCAGCCUGUCUCCCUGCACCGCUCCGGCAAAUCACGAGUCAAUCCUUCUGCCCAACCGUCGCCGUCAUCCAACACUUACGCAGUACACGACGUCUCUGACCUCUUCAAGCGUGUUACCGUGGAUCCCGAAUUCCUUUUCAUGCUGCCCACCGGCGCCGUUUCACCACCUCAACUACACGUCAACGUUCUUGAGCAGAGGAAGCAGAGCAAUAGACUCGCAGUAUUUGCAAAUAUGCUAUGGGUAUCAGAGGCAUUCGCAAGCACGGCAAUAUAG